GUGGGUCGGUCGUGAGGGGGGCCGCGGCGUCUCCUCAGCGGGCCCCGCAGUGGGUGGUUUUCCUGCCAGCUCCGCGCCUGUUGUCGGCGGGUUCUGGUGGGCUGCGGGCCGCCUCUCACUCACCCCGGCCCUGUAAGCGUAACGCUGGUCCCUCGCCGGCUCGCUGUUUCUCGGGCGGGAUGCUGGGCGGGAGGGAGGCCCCUGCGCGUUGGGUCCGGGAAGGGCUUGGACAGAUGUCUUCGCUGUCCCAUUUUGUGUUCUUUGACGUGAAGAUUGGAGACAAAGAUAUUGGCAGAAUUGUAAUUGGAUUGUUUGGAAAAGUUGUCCCAAAAACAGUGGAGAACUUCAUUAUGCUGGCAACUGGAGAAAGAGGAUAUGGAUACAAAGGAAGUAAAUUUCAUCGUGUGAUCAAAGACUUCAUGAUUCAAGGGGGAGACUUUACAGCUGGAGAUGGAUCAGGAGGAAGAAGCAUCUAUGGGGAAAAAUUUCCAGAUGAGAACUUCAAGCUUAAACACUAUGGAAUUGGGUGGGUUAGCAUGGCUAAUUCUGGUCCAGACACCAAUGGAUCCCAGUUCUUCAUCAGUGUGACAAAGCCUUCCUGGUUAGAUGGAAAACAUGUAGUGUUUGGCAAAGUCCUUGAUGGAAUGUCUGUGGUACACUCGAUAGAACUCCAGCAGACAGAUGAACACGACCGGCCCCUUCAAGACUGUGUGAUUGUGAACAGUGGAAAAAUAGCUGUAAAAGAGCCAUUUGUAGUUGAAGUAGGUGACUGGUGAGACCAACAGUCAGAAUGGAAAGUAAAACUUGCCACUUUCUUUUUAAGGCUUGUUUUUGACUGAUCUCCACCAUCCUAUUGAGUUUUCUCGUCAAAAUACAUCAGGCUGUAUUUAGAUAGUACUUAUUAUUUGCCAGACACAUAAAAGAUACAAGCAUUUCUGUAACUAUUUUAAGGAGCUGUCACUCCUUGAAGUUCAAGACAUAUCUCACUAAAUUGCAGAAAAAGUCUUUAAUGAAAAAUUUUAGAUGCAUUUUUAUU